GACCCGGAGACGUCCGUGCUCCUCCUCACGCUCGCGACGGCCGGCGUCGGCCUCAACAUCACGAACGCGAACAAGGUCGUCAUCCUCGAGCCCUUCCGCUUCGGCUCCAACGAGGCGCAGGCCGCGAUGCGCGUCCACCGCAUCGGCCAGUCGCGCGACGUCGAGAUCAUCAAGUUCUUCACGCGCGGCACGAUGGACGAGCGCCUCCUCAAGCUCCGCCACAAGCGC